GUCAUCUCCAUCAAUCAGGGACUGCUGUUUCUCCUCUGAGGAAUGUCCCCGCGGUCGUCCAGCCGCCUGGCCAUGCGUUACUGGCUGCAUGAGAGGCCGGGCAUGAAGUGAAACCCCGUCCAAUGAUUAUGCAGGAGAGAGGUGAUAAUGACUUCCUAUCAAGAGUUAACGGCCGAAGGGGAAAGUAGCCCUCUGUUCACGGGCUGCUGCCGAGCAAAAGAGGUCAUAAACCAGGACCUGGACUGCAGGGCUCAUCCUGAACUCGGCAGUCGUGAUGAGGAGGGGAAACUGGAGGUUGAACUUGCCUCAGGAUUUAAUACUCCGCAUCCCCGGUACUUAACUCUUUCCAACAGUUUGACUCUGUGCACCUUUUUGGACAGCCCUCCUCCUCCUCCUCCUCCUCCUCCACCGUGUGAGCCUCUCGAGGGCUUCUCGACACCGGCCUGCCCCCACUCGUCCUGUGUCCCGUGGCGGUGCAGGGCGCAGGGGCAGGGCUCUCCAGGACGCGGAUACAGCGCAUCAAAUAACAACGAACCGCUACAAUCCGGUUUUGGGUCACUUACAGAGCAAAUUCAAAUCUACUCACAAAAUGGCCCCGAGAUUCACGUCGCCGUGGGGAGUUCCGUUGGCUCGGACUGUAAUGUGGCUGAUAUGGAUGUAAACAGUAAAACUUUUGAGUGGAUGAGAGUGAAGAGGAGUCAGCACCGGGCGGCCAGGAUGCACAUGACCUGUGGGUUCAGUAUUGUUGGCUCGGGAGUCGGUGCUGUGGAGGCUGGAAGCAGCAGCAUCUGCACGGAUGGCCAUCCCACGGCGAACGGGGCCCCGAGGACCAGCUUCAGCACCAAGCAGCUGACCGAGCUGGAGAAGGAGUUCCACUUCAACAAGUACCUGACGCGGGCCAGGCGGGUGGAGGUCGCCAGCGCCCUGCAGCUCAGCGAGACGCAGGUGAAAGUUUGGUUUCAAAACAGACGCAUGAAGCAGAAGAAAUUACAGAGAGACGGGCUGCUCUCCGACCCGGGGCCGGCGGCACCGCACUCACACGCUGACACUCUGGACACCUGCCCCUCUCCUGGACCGUCCUCGCCGAAGCACCUGACCCUGAACUCCUGAGCCGCAGGAGCUGCAUCAUGCGUUACACAGAAAGGGCGCCCGUGAGCAGAUGUUUUGAUUCCAGUUUGCAUCGGUUUCAAUCAGGCUUCGCCUUUAUUUGCUUACCACGAUGGAUUCUGGAUGGAUGCAAGAAGCGCAAUGGCAAGUUUCUUCAUGCAAGAACGGGUCAAAACAAUUCGUCAUCCUCCCCGGCUUUAGACUGGCGCCCUGAUUUGAAUAUUAAAAUUUCCUAUCUACACAGUGUAAACGAAGAAACAAAAUUAUAUUAAUUGUCCAUAGAAACUGUGGCAGACUAUUUGUUUAUUUAUUCUGUGCAAUGUAUUCAGGAACUGGCUUUACUUUAAUAUAUAUUUAUUCUACAGGACGCGUGCUUCCUGGUUUUGUUUAAAAUAACACAAAUUAUGAUUUUUUUUUAUUUAUUUAAGGUCUACAUUUGAUAAUAAGAAAGGAAAUAUAUUUUUAGUAAGUUUUACUAAUUACUCCACCAAAUCACACUGUCGCUUUCUUAAUCAAUUCAUGUUCCAUUUAGCAUUUAGAUUUCUUUUUCAAUUUCUUUAAAAAGCUGUUUGUCUCUGACAGCCCACACUUUAGGAAAAAGCCAGAUGCACCUGUUGUAGACAAAGCACAUCUGUAACGUGAUGUGUUAGCAGAUAAUCAUCAGCCUAAUUUAGCAGAGCUUUCAUGCUGCUUUAAUGUUGUAAGGCCUAUAUUUUGUCCGCUUUUAAGGUUUUCAUUAUCCUUCGUCCACGGAGAAAUUUAAAUGCCAUAAUUGACUAAUAGAUUUAUUGACCGCUCGUAUUAGGAGUAUUGAUCCGUGGUGAUCCAUCUAUUUGAGGUACAAAUCUGGGAGCGUUUGCAUGCAUCUGUAACUGCAUGUUAAUGGAAUGUAGAAGCAUCACGGUCGGGAGUUGUUGUGUCUUUUAUUACCCCAAUACAUGCAUCAGAAAAUGAUAAUUUAGCUUGAACACUCAUGCGGGAGAGCAGACAAUAAAACGCUGUCUGUGCUGUUUUGCAGAUCAACCAAUAAAUUGUGUGGCCCCAGCAGUUCGAGCAGCUAAAUAUUCCUUCCAGAUUCACAUCUCAUCUCAUAUAAAGUAAAUGAUUGUAAACUCGGCCCUUAAACACUGUUAUGCUCCCUCUUAUCACAAUGAGUUUCUGUCAUGUUAAUGUCUAUUCUAAUAUCAAGAUAUGGGCCAUCAGCCAUGUUAAUUCUAUGUAAGGGAAUAUUUUUGUUUAGCUUUCAAUUAGCGGUGUUUGCACCGGAUAUGAAGGUUACUAAAUCCAAAGAUGAUAUUAAUGACAACAAAGGAAUUAAACUUAAAGCAGCUGGGUGUUGUCGCUUAGAAAUAAAAAAAAGCUAGAAUCAACAUUAAUUAAUUAGGUCCGUUCCUCAUAGGAAUUUGGCGUGUAAAUAAAAUACUAAUAAUAUAAUAAUUAGACAGUUGUACCUCUGCAGGGCGCAGGCGUGGACAUGAAGGCUGCAAGGCCAAGCUAAUAUAUGCAGUUACACCAGAGUUCACCUCUCACCUCUUGACCUUUGUCUUGCCUUGGGACAACGCUGACCCGGUCAGCGGCUCAGAGAGAGAAAGAUGCACCAUUAAUUUGGGUGACCUCGAAGUUUGAGCUUUUUCUCUCUCUUUCUUUCUUUCUUUCUUUCUUUCUUUCUUUCUUUCUUUCUUUCGCUUUCUCUUUUUUCCCCCCAACAACUCCGAACGCUUUUGUUCUGGUGGUGGGUCUCUAUGUCCACACAAUAAUAUUUCAUCGAGCUAAAUAGAGGGGCGACUAGGCCAUAUGAUAAUUGUUCAUAUUAUAAUUCCAUACCAGGCCACAUAAUGCAUUUUUUUCUACACCUAGAGCUAACCUAAUUUUUGCCCUAUCUUGUAUUUUAAUAAGCCAAAAAAUAUGCUCCUGACUCACUUUAUAAACUGGAUGAAAGAGUCUUUUCACCCAAUAGGUUUUUGGAUAUGAACUACGGACCUAUUUUUAAUAGCAAAGUUGAAAAAUUAAAGUUACUGAAGCAUACUUAACACUUAAUAUGAUUCCAUGUCAGAGCCAGCAUAAACAAAAUUUAGAACAACUAUCCAUUACAUGCCCUCUUCUUAUUUAUUUCAGGCAUAUCUGCUUGAAUUAUAUAGAAAGAAUUUAGACAUUAAUCCCCCUCCCAACAAUAUCUUUUAUGAUGUUCAUCUCAUUAAUAUUAACUGAAAGCUAGAAAGGAAUAAAAGGUCAAACUUAAAGGUCUGCAGAGGAGCUUUCGACAGUACAAACAUUUAAAAGUUUUAUUUGUAAUAGACAUGAAUGAUUUUACCUGCAAGCUAGACUAAAAAUGUGUUGAACCCAUGCUUUAUUUAUUUUAAAUUUGCAUUUAAACAAAAUACACACCAUUACUCUAAACAAAAUAGUACAACGUGGAAUGUUUAACAAAAACAUCAAAUGUGUCCAUCUUGUUUUAAUGCAAAUAAGUGUGCACUUGUGAAGGUUAUGAGGAUGAGGAUGAUGAUGAAAUGUGAUGAUAAAGCCUGUGAAUAUAAAAAUGGGUCUUUCAUGUCCACUGUUCCUACUGAGAAGUGUGUUAGGUUGACCUUAUUAGAAACUCUUUUAUCAUCUUGUGCAAAUAUGUUCCCUUGCCACAGGGCUUCAAGUUACAGGUUGUAAUGUGCACAGAGGAUGCAUGUAGCAGGUGUGCACUCAGAGUUUUUAUAAAAUCCAAACUUACUUCAUCACAGUUUCUGCUGUAUAAUAGAUUCACAACAAUUUAAAAAAGUUGCAAGAAAAUAUGUAGAGGAAAAAAACUUAAUCUGAAUUAUAGGGAUGAGGUGAAGGUGAAAAGAAAGAGUUGAUUUAUUUUGGGUGAACUAUCACUUUAAUUUAAUUCCGUGGCAGCUUCAGCAUUUGCCUCUCAAUUGAUGAAAGGCGAACCGCAUUGUUUGUUCAGACCUGACAUUUAGUUCGAAAGCAUUUGAGUGUGACUCUACUCUGAUGAAUUUGUGCUCCUCUGUAAUUCCUUCCUGAAGAUGUACGGUUGGUUCACAAGACUGACAGCUGUGCUGUGCUUAUGUGUGAAAGCAAACACAUGGCAAAUGGAAGGAAAAUAAAACCUAAAUAACUCAGCUCGAAAUGUAUUGCUGCCACAGGUAGGAACAGUCAUGACAUUGAACAAGUUAGAAUUUUCUUCACCUUUAUUUUUCUGUCCCUUCCUUUACAGCGGUAAUUUCUCAAACUGAAAUUCAUUCCAAAAUCUACUUUAUUUGACUCAUUCAUUUAAAUCAAUAAGAAACAUGUUUAUAAUGAAGUACAAUAGCUCAAACAUUAUUUGUAAAAGUGAAGUUACUUGCUACAUGUUUUUGAUAAAACACUCUAAUUGAGAUAUCAAACUAAAACCAGUGAUGUAUUAGUUCAUGAUGAAUGAGGCCAUUGACAGUCUCUAUUUUCUUCUGUAUUGUCUUCUAUUGCAAGUUACCUGAUGUGGGCAGCUGUUACAGUUCUCCUGAGGAGCGCUGUGCGACAUGAGCAAUGAGAGAACAUAUGUGGCUGCAGAAUAUCUUACAUUACAUUUUAAAUUAACACAUAUAAGUGGGUUCCUUCUGUGCUGAUUGUAAUUAAUGCUAAGUUGACCUAAAAUUAACUUAAUGCAUAAUAUGCAUGUAAUAUCCUCACUGGUGCUCAGGGGAACAAAAUCAAUUGAUCAAGUUAAGCUCUCUAAACUCUAUGUGAAGCACGUAUAGAUAGCUCAGUUGUUGUUGUAAUUACAGAUCAUUUGAAUGUUCUCCUCCCUUUUAGAUUUUCUGCUCGUCUGAUUUUACUGUUUUUCUUUGUUUGCAAAGACUUUCAUGCACUAUUAGUCUUUUUGAUCUGGCUCAUUCACGUAUUUGACUACCAAACAAUUUGUACGUCAAGAAAGUUGAAAUGAAGUGCACCUGUUUUUGUGUGUGUGUGCCUCUGCAUAUUUGGAUGCCCUGUGUACAAUUACACAAAUAUGUGUUUUGUUUCCUAGGUGCUACUAAUAAAGUGCUCAAAAAAGAUACAAAACACCUAUUUGAAUAAUUGUUCACUCACAUGCGCAUGCAGUCACACAUACAAAUCCAUACAUAACACAUUCUAAUGCUACACUGAACAACAUGCACACCAAUCCAGUCCUUGCGUCUCCUCUCCUGCUCCACUCCAGGGAGCAGAUGUUUGGGGACAGCUUACAGCCUCAGCGAAUUUCUGUGUACAAAGCAAACAGUAGCACUCAGCACUUCUGGCUGCAAAGGGAAAUUUGCUCUUGAAAGGGGGGUGGGGGCUUUGAGUCAAUGUAAGGUAUCAUGAGGAUGGGAGGAAAGGGGGAAAAAAGAGUGAAAAGGGGUGCACGCAGAGGUGAAACUGCGUCAAGGUUGCAAGUCUGUUGCACAGGAAAAUUCCCUGUUUCCUGAGACAUCUGGUGCUCUGUGUGUCGGAGCAGUGCGGGACACCAUCGUGUACAGUGCAUACAGUAUCUCCCUGUGGCAUCAUGCAGCAUCAGUAAAAUCAGCCAAGGUGGCCCUGCUACAUAUCUGAUUGUGUGGAGCCUGUCUGACCUCUCCCAUGCAACUCUGUCUACUCACUAGUUUGGAUUGCCCUUUCAGAAGUUGCAGACAAGCAUAAAGGGAAAGGAAACAAUGGAAUGAGCCUUUACAGAGUUUGCUGAUACUGCAUCUGAGACAUCAGCUAUAACCUAGGAUCAGCUAUGCUAAUGAUGCCAUUGAUAUAAUCCACUGAUUUGAUGGCACUGGUGCUGUGGUGGUAUGCUGCAUGUGCUCUCUUCAGUUUGUGUCCUGAGGAAAAUUGCAAUAUCAUUGAAAAUAUCCUCUUCUGGCUGACAAGAUUUUUGUUAUUUCAUUUGCAUUUCAUGAAACUUGUAGUGUAUGAUAUGAAAAGACUUUAAUAAAUACAUGUUUUCUUUA